CAAAAAAACAUGUUUGUAAUUACAAAUAUACCAGUAAAAUUUCCAAGAAACAGCGCGCACGUUCUGACCUGCACUGUUUAUGAAUGGCUGGUGAAUCGGUAUUUAAACCAAGCAACGACAGUCUGCACAUCAUAGCGACCAGAGCAUUCUCAAUCAAAACGGAUUUUGGUGACUUUUUUAUUUUUAAUUAAGAGUAUAUAUUCGUUUAAUCAAGAGCGAAGAUGACGCCGAUGCUAUAUUAUAUGGGAUCUAUCGGAGUUUUGUUCGUCCUGAUCGCCUGUACAUCCGCUCAGGGAAAUCGGUGCCCACAGUUUUGCACCGACAAUGACGAAGUUGAUUCCGAAGGCCGACAAAAACGCAAUACGGAAGCGUUUGCGACAAACGCAACAAAAGAAGGCGGUGGCCACAAUCGUUCGGGAAAUGCCCAUGCCGGUAACCAUCAUAAUCGGACACAGACCGAGAACAAUAAUGCAAACGGCACCCAAGAAACACCAACACAUGCCAGCAGCCAUAAUAAUCGGACACAGACCGAACAAUCCGGGAACAACACUGCCAACCACACCCGACAAAUACAAGCACAUUCCGGAAGCAACGGAAACCAGACCGAGACGGCGCAGUCAGGAAACAGUGCCAAUCAUAAUCAGAAUGCAGCUUCAGGGAACCACGGCAAUCAGACGCAGGCUGAAUCGGGAAACAACGCAAACCAGACAGCGACAUCGGGGAAUUUGAGGAGCAAUGACAGUAACGCCCAGCAGAACGCUGGGAAUGCCGAUGAGCCAGUUACGUCGAGAAACUUCUCGGGAAAUGCUCAUACCGGCGGUCACCAUAACCAGACGCAAAAUACGCAUUCGCAGAAUCAUGGACAUCAGACGGAGACAGCACAGUCGCAGAAUAACGGGAACCAUACACAGAUCGCUGUGGAUACCGAGGAGACCCUGUUCGGACCUGAACGUGCCGCCCGGAAUCAGACAGCGCAUCGACACCCUCGAUCGGUCGAGAGUGAAGAAGUCGAUGAAGUGUUGGAUUUAUCCGACGAAUGAAAAAGAAGUGCUGUUGAAAUUAGUGUUGUACAAAAGUGCCGUACAAAUGUACAAAUGAUCGGUAUCCGAUCCUCACAAAUCUUUUAUCUGCGCCUAAGUCUCUUUGAGAAAAGGUCAUCUUGUUACGGGCUACUGUAUAUU